AUGCAAAAACUCAUUCGUUUACGAAAUAUCGUUCUCGGAGUCGUAUUGGUCAUUACGGUGGUUCUAGGAUCUUUGGCUGUUCUCUUGGGUAUCCUUUCCUAUGCUUUGCCCAAUAUGGAGAAUGAAUACAGAAUCCAACGAGAAUGUACCAUACUAGAGCCUCAUACCAACUGUUUAAACCAUUGCUCUCAUGGCAUCAUUGGAGAAGAACAUUGUUUAAUGUAUUGCCGAGCGGUCGUUCGGGUUCAUCCCGAUGAUGAUGAAGGAUUUUGUUUGGAUGAUGGAGGUGUCCACAAACAACAACAACAACAACAGUCGAAUGGAUAUAAGACAACAAUUAUUCGUUCCACCACCACAUUGCCCUCCUGUUCUCAUCCUUUGGAGAAGAGUCGGAAUAGAACCACUCUCGAAUUUAGUGAGCAUUCUCCGUUCUAUGAAUUGAAACCUGGUGAAAAUGUUACGUGUUAUUUGGAUUCCGAACUUGAUGAUGAUUCAGUCUCCUUUGAAGUACUCUCUCCAGUGCGUAACAUGUUGUACGUGAUUGCCAUUACUUGUGCCUUGAUUGCCAUCAUGUUUUUGUUUGUUUUCAUUGUGGGUUUAGUGAGUGUGUUCAUUCAUGGCAUUCUACCUCAUCGACUACAAUACAAGAGACAGGAGCAUUAUGAGCAUUUGGAAGAGGCCUAUGCGAGAGCAACUUCAUCUCAUUCUCGAGAUUUCUCGAGUAGUGGUGGUGGAGUGUGA